AUGACUCAGACCAACGCCGAAGACGGAGCCGGAGCUGGUGGUGCCGCAGCGGCAGAGCCACCUCUGAACAACGAAAUGAUGUUUCAAAGGAGCCUGAGCGGGAACACCAGUUUUUCCAAGGACGACGAGAUGACUCGUACAGCGCUUGCAGCGUUUAGAGCCAAAGAGAGUGAGAUCGAGAGGAGGAAGACGGAGGUUCGUGAAAGGGUCCAGGCUCAGCUUGGUCGCGUCGAAGAAGAAACUCGACGCCUCGCCACCAUCCGCGAGGAGCUUGAAUCUAUUACAGAUCCUAUGAGGAAGGAAGUUUUGCUGCUUCGUAAAAAGGUUGAUAGCGUUUACAAAGAGCUCAAACCAUUGAGUUACUCUGUUCAAAAGAAGCAAAAAGAAUACAAAGAAGCAGUUGAUGCAUUCAACGAGAAGAAUUUGGAGAAAAUUCAGCUGGUCACCAAACUCAUGGAUUUGGUUGGAGAAAGCGAGAGUGUGAGGAUGAAUAAGCUCGAAGAGCUGAGCAAGAGCAUUUAG